AUAAUGAUGAUGAUUAAGAAACCAGUGAGAUAUGAGAAGAAUAAAGGAGAAGUAGUAGAUAAGAAGUGAAAAGAGAAGUUUUCUUUCCCAUCUCCUAGAAAAUAGAAAUUAUAUUUCGACGAAAUUAUCACAACGCAGCACAAACACAACUUCCCCUCUUCUCUCUCCUUGAUUUUUUUUCUCAUCCACAAACUCAUCUCCCCUCUUUACACUUUCUUACGUAAUCUAUAUACACAACUCUCUCUCUCUCUCAUCAUUUAUAUUUAUCUAUCUCCAACUAGUAAUUUCAUUGUUUCCUCUUUGUAUAUUUUGUUAUUGUUAUCUUAUUGGUGGUUUGAUUUAACUGAGUUGUGGAACAGCCCGAGUUAGCAUCGCCCAGAUGACUCGGCGGUGCUCUCAUUGCAGCAACAACGGCCACAACUCUCGCACCUGUCCCACCAGGGCCGGCGGCUCCGGCGCCGGAGUGAGGCUUUUCGGGGUGAGGCUCACUGAUGGGUCGAUAAUCAAGAAGAGUGCGAGUAUGGGGAAUCUUUCGGCUCUGCACUAUCACUCAUCUUCUUCUGCUGCGGCUUCUCCUAACCCUCCGGCCUCUCCGUCUUCUGAUGCUCUUCGUGACCCGACCCAUGUGCCCGAGGAGUACUUGUCUGAUGACCCGGGUCAUGCUUCGUGCUCCACUAAUCGCCGCGUUGCGGAACGCAAAAAAGGCACUCCAUGGACAGAAGAGGAGCACCGGAUGUUUCUUCUUGGUCUCCAGAAGUUAGGGAAGGGAGACUGGCGUGGCAUAUCACGCAGUUUUGUUGUAUCGAGGACUCCUACACAAGUAGCAAGCCAUGCUCAAAAGUACUUCAUUCGACAGACCAAUGCUACUCGGAGAAAGAGAAGAUCCAGUCUUUUUGACAUGGUGACAGAAACACCAUCUGUGGCGGAAGAACAAUUUGUGCUACCUCCGCAAGCAAUAGAAACAGAUAACAACUCGAUGCCUUCUUUGAAUCUCUCUCUGAAGACGGAUUAUGAAACCAUUGAAGACACGCGCAUGGAAGAUUCUCAGGUAGAAAUGGUUAAAGAUUUCAAAGAAAGUGCUACACCUCAAGCCCAAACCGAAAUUCAACCUGUGAUUCCGACAUUUUACCCAGCUUAUCUCCCUGUUGCAUUUCCUUUGUGGCCAUCGAGUGUGUCUAUCUUUGAAGAAGGGAAAGGAACUGAAACCUCUCACCAUGAGGUCCUAAAGCCAAUUGCCGUGCUUCGCAAAGAGCCUGUUAAUGUGGAUGAACUAGUGGGCAUGUCCCAACUGAGUAUUGGAGAAACUGAAACAGGCCAUAUGGAGCCUUCAGCCCUCACCCUAAAGCUGCUAGGUGAACCAUCAAGGCAGUCGGCUUUUCAUCCGAGCACUCCAGUCUCUACUACUUCAGAUGUAAACAAGGGAAAUGGUAGUGGUGUAAUACAAGCAGUUUGAAUGAGGUUGACGCUAACUUCAUCUCUGGCUGCUAUGUGGUACUAAAUCUGUACAAAUGUUUUGUUUUAUCAUUAUGUUUUUAUGUGACUUCAAGACACAAAUGCUUGCUAGAUAGCAGAAUAUAAUGUAUAAUUUAAUCCA